AUAAAAUUAGUUGGAUAACACGGAUAGUCGGUCUCUUUCUGACAUGAUAUAUUCUCGAGAAAAUUUCUCCGAACAAUCUGUUUGAUUUUUGAUCAUUUUCUUCAAUAGAAUCGUGGUUGUUGUAUAAAAAUGUCCACAGUGGAGAUGCCUAAACUCUCUGAGAACCAGAAGACGUACGCUGGAAUCCCAGAAGCUGUGUUUGUGGAGGAUGUGGACACAUUCAUGGGCCAAGCUGACAAUGAUAACAACAGCGACAAAGUCCUCCGGAAGCUGGAUGAGCAACAUGGCAAGUAUAAAUUCAUGGAGCUCAACAUCGCAACGAAACGGCGAAAGUUGAAGCAGCAGAUUCCGGACUUGGCCAAAUCCCUCGAGAUGAUUAACAUUCUGAGGAACCAGGGGGACGACAUGGAGACACAGUUUCUACUGAGCGAGCAGGUCUUCGUGAAAACCACUAUUCCACCUACAAAGACCGUCUGUCUGUGGUUGGGAGCUAACGUUAUGCUGGAAUAUCCUCUUGGAGAAGCAGAAGAGCUGCUCAAGCAGAACAUGGAUUCUGCCAUCGUGAACCUCAAAUGCCUGGAACACGAUCAAGACUUUUUGAGGGAUCAGCUCACUACUACCGAGGUGAACAUGGCACGUGUCUACAACUGGGAUUUAAAGAGGAGACAGGCCGCUAAUGCCAAGGCAAUCUCCACCACAACACCUGCCAGUUCAUAAUUCACCACAACAUCACACCUUUGGCAUCCUUCACGCAUCCCGGAGUCAUUUCUUGUUGCAAAAUUUUGUAUUUUAAUGCUUCCUGCAGAGAUUCUCAAUAAAACUUUUAUUAAUCCGCAUAACAA